CCGACCGUUGCUGUAACAUCAGGACAUCAACUCAAAACAAUAUAAAAACCUAAACUUUUACUAUCAUUUCUCCAGAGAGCAGCCAUAAAGAGAGUGACAGAGAGUUCUGAAAUCUGAAACCCAGUAUCAUCUUCAUCAUCAUCAUGCUCACCAUGAGAACUGAAGCACAAGAUUCAGUACCUAAAUCAAACCCUAAUCCGGAACUAAUCAAAGAAACCCCAAAGGUCUCUCUUUACGAACAAUGCAGGGAAGAGAGGAUCAAAGAGAAUCUUCAGAGGAUGAACAAUCUGGGUCUCUUAAAUCUCUCUCGCAAACUCAAACCCAAGACCCGACCCGUUAAAAGAUCUUACGGUAACCGUAAUUCUGUUCAGAAUCCGACUCCUCCUCUUCAGCCUUCUCGCCGAUCUUCUCGAUUGGAGAACACAACUCCAGUUAUCUACACUGAUGGGAUCAAUGAGAAGGGCAAGAAAGCAUCUAAACGAGAGAGUGUUGUGAUUGGUGAAGGGAUAAGAGCUGAGAUUUACACAGAGGAACAUGAGAAGCUUCUUGGGAAUACAGAAAGAAGCUGGACUUGUUUUGUUGAUGGCUAUGAUAAGAAUGGGAAACGGAUUUAUGAUCCGUUUAACGGUAAGACUUGUCACCAAUGCAGGCAGAAGACGAUGGGGCAUCGUACACAGUGCAGUGAAUGCAAUUUGGUUCAAGGACAGUUCUGUGGUGAUUGUUUGUUCAUGAGAUAUGGUGAACAUGUGCUUGAAGCUCUUGAGAAUCCAGACUGGAUUUGUCCCGCUUGUCGCGGGAUCUGCAAUUGCAGUUUGUGCCGGAAUAAUAAAGGAUGGGUUCCAACUGGCCCGAUUUACAGAAGGAUAGCUGCACUUGGGUAUAAGUCUGUGGCACAUUAUCUGAUUCAAACCAAACGGGCGCCAACUGAUGACACAACACCAAGUCAAGCGUCUGCAAAGAGAUCACUUUCCUUUCAAGAAAAGAUUGCUGGUGAUGAAGACGUACCAAUGCUUGAGAAUGAUGAUUCCUUACAGAAAGAAGAAGGUGAAAACACGAACGAAGAUCAGAAUGGUGAUCUCCCUGAAGAAGUACAAAAGGUUCAGAAUAUGGAAUGUCAGAGUGGUGGUUCCUUGAAGAAAGAGGAGGAUGAGACACCAAAUUCAGCUAGAAGGUCACUGAGCUUCUUAUUGCCUUCUGUAGAGGAUGAUCAAACUUCAUUGGUGGAUGUUCAGGUCUUAAGUUGUCUUGUGCCACCAAAGCAAGAACAUUCAUGUGCACACAAUGGUGAUGAUCUUCCAGAUAUUCAGGAAAGGAUAGGACAACACUCAAAUUUGGAGACGAAACCAGAUAGCUACUUGCUUCAUGUGGAUGAGCAGAUUCCAUUGGUUGAUGUUCAGGUCUUGAGUUAUCUUGAGACGCCGAAGCAAGAACAUUCAUGUGCCCACAUUGGUGAUGGUCUUCCAAAAAUUCAAGAAUGGAUAGGACAAGACCCGACUUCUGAGACAAAACCAGUUAGCUACUUGAUUCCUAUAGAUGAUGAUCAAACUUCAUUGGUGGAUGCGCAGGUCAUGUAUCUUGAGACACCAAAGCAAGAUAAACAAGAACAUUCAUGUGCCCACAUCGGUGAUGAUCUUCCAGAAAUUCAACAAGGGACAGGACAAGACUCGAAUUUGGAGACAAGACUUGGGGAAAGUCAGACCCUUGUGGUCAAAGCUCGAGUAACGAGAAGUAAGAGGAAAGCGGCUCUAGAACCAAAUCCAGAUAGCAUUGGUGGAAGACUAAGGCAGCGAAGAAGGACCUAAUUAGAAGAAGUCUCAGAAGAAAAAGCCAACAUCUAUUCACUUUUGUUAAACUCUCUAUUUCGACAUGACCCUCUCUGUUUUCAUAUAAGGUGGUUAGGAAAAAAGAUUCUUAUUUCUUAAAAGUAUCUGAAACAAAAAUCUCCAAACUUUAAUAUUCAAAUAAAUACUUUCAAGUAUACUAUGAAAAUCUC